UAUAUUUUUUAUUACACGAUCCACAUGCCAUUUGCGUCACCCUACAAAUCCUUAAAUUCAUAAUCACUUUCCACCAUUUGUCUGUCACCACCAAACAAACCUCUUUAUUAUAUUUGCUCUGUUCUUAAGUAAACCUUUGAUUUUCGCGUGCGAAGAAGAAACCCCACGACGAAAGUUUACAUUUUUUUCAGUAUUUUCUCCACGAUUCUCAAGAAGAUCCUCUUUUUUUUUUUUUUUUGGUUAAAACCACUUUGAGAUUUUUGGAUCUCGUGGAAGAGGGUUUCCAAAUUCCAAGGUUUUUUUGCUCCUCGUGCUUUUUUUUUUUUUGAUGGGUGCGAGUUACUCUGGUCUUGACAAUGAUUCGUCUUCGUCGUCUUGUCUGUCAAAGCUUGCUUUAGGGGAUUUGCCAGAGGCCUGUGUGGCUCUGAUUAUCGAGAAUUUGGAUCCGGUCGAGAUCUGCGGAUCCUCGAAGCUCAAUAGGGCUUUUCGAGGCGCUUCCUGGGCUGAUUUCGUGUGGGAAUCAAAGCUUCCUCCGAACUACAGGGCUUUGCUCGAGAAAAUCCUUGGUGGGUUCCCGGAAAAUCUGCAGAAAAGAGACAUCUACGCUUGUCUCUCCAGGAUUAACUCAUUCGAUGAAGGCACCAAGAAGGUAUGGAUAGAUAAACGAAGCGCUGGUGUUUGUCUAAGCAUCUCAGCGAAAGGAUUAUCCAUCACAGGCAUCGAUGAUCGUAGAUAUUGGAGUCAUAUCCCCACUGAUGAAUCUCGGUUUUCUUCUGUAGCUUAUCUUCAACAAACCUGGUGGUUUGAAGUUAAUGGUGAAAUCGAUUUCCCUUUCCCGGUCGGAACCUACAGCAUCUUCUUCAGGCUUCAACUAGGUCAAUCCGGCAAGUGGUUUGGUAGACGGAUCUGUAAUACCGAACAAGUCCAUGGCUGGGACAUUAAACCGGUUCGGUUCCAACUCUGGACCGAAGAUGGUCAACAUUCCUCAUCUCAGUGCAUGUUGACCGAUCGGGGUAACUGGAAUCACUACCACGCUGGAGAUUUUGUAGUCCGGGAAUCGAAAAGCUCAUCGACCAAGAUAAAGUUCUCCAUGACUCAGAUCGACUGUACUCAUACCAAAGGCGGGUUGUCUCUAGACUCUGUAAUUAUAUACCCGAGCUCCUGUAAAGACCGGUUGAAGCGGAGUCGUAGAACUUGUUACGCUUAUUCGAUUCUGGGAAAAAUCGUGAAACUUGGGUAUGAGCCUGACACAACCACAUUCAACACUCUCAUCAAUGGACUCUGUCUUGAAGGUAAAGUCUCUGAAGGAGUGGUUUUAAUCGAUCGAAUGGUGAUAAAUGGAUGUGAACCCGAUCUUGUUACAUUUGGUUCGAUUGUAAACGGAAUAUGCAAAUCAGGAGAUACUUCUUUGGCCUUGGAUUUGCUCAGGAAGAUGGAAGAAAGAGAUAUGAAGGGUGAUGUCGUUACAUACAGUACAAUCAUCGAUAGUCUUUGUAGAGAUGGAUGUAUGGAUGCUGCGAUCGAUCUUUUCAAUGAAAUGGAAACGAAAGGGAUCAAGUCUAGUGUUGUCACCUACAAUUCUCUCAUAGGAGGUUUCUGUAAAGCCGGAAAAUGGAACGAUGGUGCUCAGAUGUUGAAGGACAUGAUCAGUAGGAGAAUCAUCCCUAACGUCGUCACUUUCAAUGUAUUGAUUGAUGCAUAUGUCAAAGAAGGGAAGGUUCACAAGGCUAAAGAGUUUUACGAGGAGAUGAUCACAAGAGGUGUGUCUCCUGAUACUAUUACUUACAACUCUUUGAUAGAUGGGUUUUGCAUGCAGAACCGCCUUGUCGAAGCCAACAAGAUGUGGGAUCUUAUGGUUAGGAAUGAUUGCAAUCCUGAUAUCAUUACUUUCAACAGUCUCUUGAAAGGAUAUUGUAUGGUGAAAAAAGUUGACGAUGCUAUGAAACUCUUCCGAGAGAUUUCUGAGAGAGGUUUGGUUGCUAACACGGUUACUUACAGCAUUCUUGUCCAAGGGUUUUGUCAAUCCGGGAAACUCAAGAUCGCCGAGGAACUUUUCCAAGAGAUGGUUUCACGCGGUGUUCUUCCUGAUCUUAUGACGUAUGGUAUCUUGCUUGAUGGUUUGUGUGACAAUGGGAAGCUUGAAAAGGCGUUGGAGAUAUUCGAGGAUUUGCAGAAGAGGAAGAUGGUUCUUGAUAUCGUUAUGUAUACGAUCAUCAUUGAAGGGAUGUGCAAGAGUGGAAAGGUGGACGAUGCGUGGAGUUUAUUCUGUACCCUACCUUCGAAAGGAGUGAAGCCUAACGUUAAGACAUACACCGUGAUGAUUUCAGGGUUGUGUAAGAAAGGGUCGCUGUCUGAAGCAGAUGCAAUGCUUAGAAGAAUGGAGGAAGAUGGGAAUGCGCCAAAUGAUUGCACAUACAACACAAUGAUCCGGGCACAUCUUCGAGAUGGUGACUUAGCCGCAACAGCUAAACUUAUUGAAGAGAUGAAGAGUCGUGGGUUCUCAGCAGAUGUUUCUAGUAUUAAGAUGGUUGUGGAUUUGUUGUCGAGUGAUCUUGAUUCGAGUCUCCGGCAAAAUCAACGAGUAGGACGUUUUAUGAUCACUCGAAUGAUCGGUGGUUCACGAACCAAUACACCGAAUCCACAGCGGCAAGGUGCGUUCCCUGAAUCAAACUACGCCAAGUAUGAUAAUAAGCCAUCAUCAUCAUCAUCAUGUAAGCAGAAAUCUGGAGCGGAGGCUAAAGAGAGAACCAAAAGGACGUUGGUGAUGUCUUUAGAUCCACUUGAUCCAGCGAACUCGUUGAAGCACAAGCGAGGUCCAAAGGCUUCUGGUUCUCCGCCUGUUCCUGUCGUGUAUUUGCCGCCUAGGGCAGAUGAUACCGUCAAGAAGCAGGAACAAGACUGGAGAAUCCCUCCUCAUGAAAUACGCAUUGAGUCGUAUACAAGAGGCAUAUAUACACUUGAUGGGUUCAGUGAUAACUUUGCCAAGGUAUCGGAAGUGCUCCGUGUAGCUGCGCAGAGAGCUAGAGAGGCUAACUCAAUGCGGUCAGAGGCGCAGAAGGAGAUGGAGAAGGAAAGAGGAGAGCAGGAGUUGAGGGCGAGUGGGGAUGCAAGAGGAGAUUGUGAAAGUGAUGCUGAGGAUGCAAGAGGAGAUUAUGAGAGUGAAAGUGAUGCGGACACAGAACCGACCGGUCAAACCGAGGCUCAUCACUCCUCUGUUUAUGUGGAGCAGGGGAUGUAUUCUAUUUUGCCACUGAUGAGACCAAUACCAUGCAAUAUGACAAAGGAUAAGCGGAAAGGUAGUGAGACUGAGGGUGCAGAGAACUUACCAGAGGAUUUAUCCUGCAAAACUGCAUCACGAUCAUCCAACUUCAGGUCGCACUUUUCGCUAGAGGGUUAUGCUAGACUGAAGAAGCGGUGCAAGGAGAAUGAUGCUGUCGAGUCUGUUGGUUCCUUUAAGAGACGGCUUGCUGGCGUUGCUACUGCGCCUCCUUGUGGUGCAUCUUCUUUGGUUUCAUCUGGAAGAGGUUUGAAGAGGAAGAUAGGGUGCAUAGAUGUUUCCACACAGACUGGUAGGAAGAAUAAGAUACAUGAUGACUAUGUUUUUGGUCCAAACAUCGGGAAAGGGAAAUUCGGGUCAGUCAGGAUCUGCAGGUCAAAGAACAGUGGGAUCGACUUUGCUUGUAAAACUCUGAAGAAGGGGGAGGAGACUGUUCACCGGGAAGUUGAGAUUAUGCAACAUUUAUCUGGUCACCCUCGGGUUGUCACAUUGCAUGCUGUAUAUGAAGAGUCAGAUUGUUUCCAUCUUGUGAUGGAGCUGUGUUCAGGGGGACGUUUGAUUGAUCAGAUGGUCACGGAGGGGAAGUAUUCUGAGCAGCGAGCAGCUAAUAUAUUCAAGGACCUCAUGCUAGUCAUCAAUUAUUGCCACGAGAUGGGAGUUGUGCACAGAGAUAUAAAACCUGAGAAUAUUCUCCUAACAGCUGCUGGGAAGAUACAGCUGGCUGAUUUUGGUCUCGCCAUGAGAAUUGCGAAAGGUCAAACAUUGAAUGGAUUAGCAGGAAGUCCUGCUUAUGUUGCACCUGAAGUUCUUUCUGAAAAUUAUUCAGAGAAAGUCGACAUUUGGAGUGCAGGAGUCCUCUUAUACGCUCUCUUGUCUGGUGUACUCCCGUUUAAGGGAGACUCUUUGGAUGCCAUUUUCGAAGCAAUAAAAAAAGUGAAGCUUGAUUUCAACUCUGGAUUGUGGGAGUCCGUGUCCAAACCAGCCCGUGAUCUCUUGGCAAGAAUGCUAACAAGGGAAGAAUCUGCCAGAAUCACAGCGGAUGAAGUGCUAAGGCAUCCAUGGAUACUAUUUUACACAGACCGGACACUCAAGACGAUGUGUAUCAAGUCGAAGCACAAGAGUCAAGCAGGAGCUCCUCCAUGCCUCCAGAUUCGCAGCAGUCCGAUAGAGAAAACUGACACAAAAAGAGCUAACAGAGAGAAGAAGACAACAUCUGAUUCACCGACUGAUUCAUUCUCCAACACAGAGGAGGAGGAAGAAGAUGAGAGCGGUGUGGUGGAUGUGCUUGUGGUUGCAAUCUCCAACGUGAGGAUCUCAGAACCAAAGAGAAGCAGACUCUGUAGUCCGACGAACAGCCCCAUUGAACAGCAACACUCGUCUAACUUGACCACGACUAAUACACUCUGUCGAGCCUUCUGACAAAACCAGCCUCACAAGACAAGUCUCCCAAGUCCAUGAUAUAAUCUCAGCGAUUCUUGAUUAUGUCAUAAAUCAUAAUAGCUCUCCCUCUCUAAUAGUUGGAUUUGAUAUGAUUCUGGUUUUUUCUUCUACAUUUCUUUGACUAUGUGUUGUACAGAUCAUGUAAAUAGGAUAUGCUAAAAAUGUUUGGUAAUACUUUAAAUAUUUAAUGCAACAAAAACUAAAACAAAACAUAAAACCAUAUCUUAUAAUUAAGUCAUU